CUAUAUUGCAUAAAAACAGUGAGACAUAGAUAAGAGAAAGAUAGGUCGUGGUGAUGAUCAGUUAGGCAAAACCCAACUUUCUAUCUAUGUAUAAUUAGGUCAAUCACAUCACUUGUUUAACCUUUUUGCUCCUCCACUCCUUCAAAAAUUAGGGUUUCUUGCUUCUCUCCUCAUUUCUCAAUUCCCCAAGUCACCCCCAUCGGCUUGCUGUAGAAAGGCAAAAACCAUACCAUUUAAUCAAAAGAUCUGACCUCUAAAAAGAUGAUGAUGACAGAUUUGUCUCUUACAAGAGAAGGAGAAGAGGAAGAGGAAGAACAAGAACAAGAACAACCCAAGAAACCCAUGGAAGAAGUAGAGAGAGAGCACAUGUUCGACAAAGUGGUGACUCCAAGCGACGUAGGGAAACUAAACAGGCUCGUGAUCCCAAAGCAAUACGCAGAGAGAUACUUCCCUUUAGAUUCAACCACAAACGAGAAAGGUUUGCUUCUAAACUUCGAAGAUCUCUCAGGAAAGUCAUGGAGGUUCCGUUACUCUUACUGGAACAGUAGCCAGAGCUAUGUCAUGACCAAAGGUUGGAGCCGUUUCGUUAAAGACAAAAAGCUCGACGCCGGAGAUAUUGUCUCUUUCCAGAGAUGUGUCGGAGAUUCAGGAAGAGACGGUCGCUUGUUUAUCGAUUGGAGGAGAAGACCUAGAGUCCCUGAGCAUCAUCAGACAUCGUUUGCUCACUUUGCUGCUGGAUCUAUGUUUCCUAGGUUUUACAGUUUUCCGACAGCAACUAGUUCAACUUGUUACAAUCUCUACAAUCAUCAUCAGCAGCCACGUCAUCAUCACAGUGGUUACCUUUAUCCUCAAAUUCCGAGAGAAAUUGGAUACGGCUACUUGGUAGAUCAAAGGGCGGUGGUGGCUGACCCGUUGGUGAUAGAAUCUGUGCCGGUGAUGCUGCACGGAGGAGCUCAAGUUAGCCAGGCGGCUGUUGGAACUGCCGGGAAGAGACUGAGGCUUUUUGGAGUUGAUAUGGAGGAAGAAUCUUCAUCUUCUGCUGGGAGCUUGCCACGUGGCAAUGCUUCUCCGUCGUCCUCUUUGUUUCAGCUGAGACUUGGAAGCAGCAGUGAAGAUGAUCACUUCUCUAAGAAAGGAAAGUCUUCAAUGCCAUUUGAUUUGGAUCAGUAAUGAUGAUGACAUUAGUCGGUAUUAAAAAGAAAUCAGACUUAAAUUUUAUAUAUAGAUAUAUAUAAAUAUAUAUAUAUGACAACAUAUAUAAUGCAUUGAUUUCGUUUACAUUUAUCGAGAAAUGAUAUGUUUGUCCAUAUGUAAGUUAUAUGGACUCGAUUAGUCUUUUGUUAAGUUGUUCCUCAAAAUAUUUGAUUAUGU